UAGUUGUAGAAUCCGAAGCCACGUGAUCGGAAUAGUCGAUUCCGUCCUCCGCCUUUCGGCCCUCCGGAGGAAGCUUUCCUCCCGCGUCCGUCCUACGAUUCGAGUCCCACCCCUGUCCUCCAGCCCCUGUGUCCCUCUCUUUCUCUCUCCACUAUGCUAUUCGUCUCCGCCACCCACGCCCGGUCGCGUGGAUACGUGGUCGAACCGCCGCGAGGACACCGUAUAAUUAUCGGAUGGCAGGUAACUCGAACGCUCUCGCCUGGUUUUAAUUGGCCAAUUAUCGUGGCGCGAAUAGAUGGUGCCGCCGGUCCAGAUAGGCGUGAAACUUUUGGGGUGGCCUGCUCACCGAGCGACACAACGCGACUUUCUGUGACGAAUAUCUCUUGGCAGGAGGGUGCCAACGCGCGCGCGGAGCGGGAUACCCAGGGAGAUGAGGCGGGGAUGGGAAAGAGUGGGCGGAAGGGAAGAGACAGGGGAUGCAUGGGCAUCGAGAAGGGAAGAUCGAGGGGGUCGCGCGUCGAUAUGUGUGCGAACAGCGCGCGCACGGUACGUGUGUAUUCGUGUGCGGUGGACGGGUAGAAUCGGGAUCAGAAUCGGGAGCACGAACGGGCGCAAAUUGGUCACGGCUGGUCUGUCCGAUCUCCGUGCCGAGCGCCCCGCCACCAACCUUCGUCUCUCACCCCGUUCUGCCGCUCGAUCGCUCUAUCAACCCCUCUCGCCGUCCCACGUUCCGCCGCCGCACCGUGCUCCAUAUCUAUCUCGCCAACUAGCUAACCUCCCGACUCGCGUACCGUUUCGGAACUAUUAGGGACCCCCGUAUCUAAACCCACAUCACUUUGGCAGGUGAAGUAAUCCAUCGGCUCCGGUGUUCACCUGAGCCAUAAUGACACGGGGGAUGCUCCUCGACGCUCGAUCAUCAACAAUGGGAUUCUCAUCGAUGGCACGUAAUUAAUGCGCGAGAUUAUUCGUGAAGAUUUUAUACGUUUAUUGCCUCUGUUUAAUCGCCUCUCAGAGACGAGCAACGGCGCUUAGGCCACCUGGAGAGAACGUACGUCAAUGUGCGUUACAUUAAUGUCGUGAGUUAUUAAUUAAGUUUUGGCGUACUACAAAUCGAGUGGCAAACAAUGCAUGCAUACGGAAUGCACCGCAAAUGACCUCGAUCCAUCGUACGUGACGCUUACCAAGUACACUAAUUUUUUAUCUCUCGCGGCAAUUAAAAUAUUGAUUUGCAAAAUGUCCAUGAAACAUAGAGAGCGCAUCAAAUUUUUGCAGAAAUUUUCGGUAUCUUUAUCGCAAAAAUUGAGAAAAACAAAACUCAUUUAUUUCAUAUCACCCAUGCACAUACUGUUGUUAGAUAUUUUUCUCAAUCAUAAUUAUACAAUCGCAAUUGUUAAACAGACAUAUUAUAACUCGUUACAGCUCGAAGAGAGAAGAGACAUAUAACGAACAAAGAUUAGUGUCGCAACCGACGUCGACUAAAUCGGCCUUAACUGACGCGAGUGAAACCGCGCUCAUUUGUUCGCGGAUAAUUGACAUUAAGUUUAGAAUGACAUUUUCAAGAACGGGCGUCGUGAAAGCGAUAUUUUUGUAGACGGGGACGCGCGGUGAAUUAUUACGUUCGUCCGUAUACGUGACAAGAUGGAAUGAGAAGAGCGCAUUUCUACCUCUUCUUGAAGCCUUCGAGAACGCAAGGGCUAUUCCAAAAUUGUCUCCGGCUUUUUUUUCAGCUACAGAUUUUUCCAUUAAUUUAGAGUCGCCAGUACGUAGCUUGACGAUUUAACACGCCUGAACGAAUAGGUAAUGCUCCAAGCGUGCAAAUGAGAACAGCGACUCUCUGAAAUUUACUUUAGUGGAAUCAUCAUUAGAGAAUAAUUUAUGAAAAUAUUUAAUAUUAAAGCACUGAAAAAGGGAGACACACAAUCAAAUUUUUUUUUCUUUAAAAGAAAAUUACUUAAAAUCUGCUCGGGGAGAAUAUAUAAAUGAAAAGAAUACAACGGCACUUCUAGGGCAGCCGUAUGCGCAGAACAAGCUGCAGCGGUGUGUAUAUAAUGUACGCGGCUAACAAAACGGUUGGACUUGAUGAAUAAAAGGUCUAUUAUCGCAUUAACUACGGCACCCGCGAUAAUUAGUUUUCGCGGAACAUGAUAACACCGCGAUACCUUGGCGCGCGGCUCAACUACCGCGCCGUUACUUCACUCAAACGCUAACCAAAUAAUGAGACGGUACAAUUGAGAAUUAUUCGAGGCACGCUUAAUCCAAUUUGUCAUCUAACGUGGAUGAUAUUAUGGUUAUAAUUUUGUAAGACAAAAUGUUCAUGUUUGCAAAACGUGUGCGCGAUGUUACAGAUCAUCUAUAAAACUAUUCCAAGCUUAAUCGCAUUUUUAAUAUUGCGCUAACAAAAUCCGGCCACACGCAUGAAACGUUUACAGUUCGCUACUUUAUAUCGGUUGACCAUUUAUCAUCGAGCGCAGCAUUAGAACAAUACAACAGCAAUCAUUAAAACUGUCAAAACGCUCCACUACCACAAUCUUUCGGCAAAGCGUAUGUAUCUUUCCAAUCUCGCCAAUUUUCUGGAAAGAAUCGAUCACCGUAACAAUAACGGCGUUAGUCUCGCCGAACAAUUGAUCCCGAGCUAAUUCGAUGAUGAUCGAGGGGUCGGGGGACCAACACCGAAGAGCAAACGAGAGGCGUAGGAAGGGAUGAGAGAGAGAGAGAGAGAGAGAGAGAGAGAGAGAGAGAGAGAGAGAGAGAGAGAGAGAGAAGGGAUGGAGGGGACAAAAGAGCAGAGAGAAACGAGGAAAGCUAAAGAUCACGAGAGCAAGGGAGUUGACGAGAGAGGAAGAUCGGUAUUGCAGCAUAUCUGCCGGUUACGUUCGAUUGGCUGACAGGGCGGUAGGCCAGCAAUUACCUAAAUGGUCGGGUAAACAAUAUCCGUGCACCGAGUUAAGAGCGGAGCGAUAGCGGCACCAGCACCAAGCUCUCACAUCAGUCCGUCGGUCGGUCGGUCGGUCGGUUGGUCGACCGGUCGGUCGUUUGGCUGUUGUGCGUUGGUCCUGAUUUGAUCGCUAGUACCAUCCACAACUCGCUCUCUCCCUCUCUCUCCCCUUGCCCCUUCUCCUGAAUCCGCAUUCGCAGAAGGAUGGAAGAACGAGAGAGAAAGGACGAUACCUGCGCCCCGUAUGUACCUACCACGAUUAUACUCUCCACCCUAUACACAGGGAGAUCGCUAUACACAACCGUUGAAGAGGCCGCGAUGCGCCGCCCCCACCGCCGACAACACACCGACGAUCAUCGCCAAACCCACGAAGCGUUUCGCGAACGCGUAUACACGCGGCGAGCACGCAAUUCCUCCACACGUUCUGCCUGCCUUUCUUCCUUCCCGAACGCAACGAAUGAUGCCCCGACGUGGGCUCGGAGGGAAAAGGUGUUCCUUCAUCGGCGCCGCUCGACGGAGUCGCAGUGGUGGUUAAAUCAAAGACAAACCACUUGAGAGAGAGAAAGAGAGAGAGAGAGAGAGAGAGAGAGAGAGAGAGAGCCGGUCCGAUCGUGGAAAGGGGGCGGAGAGACACGCAAACGAAGGGGGGUGAGGAGAGAGAGAAGAUUCGAUGGAAGUGGGGUACUUGUGUGUACACAGCCGAGAGUAUCUGACGAAAGCUCACCGCGAGACGUCUGCACGCGACGACUCGUCUCUGCUUGCGUGUGUACGUGCCUCGUCCAUUCAGGGCCGCGACGCGCUCGUAUACGUUAACCGUUUCCUGUGUGAGUGCGUGUACGCGCGAUUGUGGAAGUGCAUGCAACGAUGCGCAGCACGCGAGACCAACACACAGAGGCAUACCGGCCUUCGCGGUGCGGUUCUCGGUUACGAGCGUGUUAAAGCACGUGUGUGCGCGCAACCCCUAGCGGAAAACCGUCCGGCACGCCCAUUGGCAGCCGACGGGAGCUUUUCGGGUAGUACGAGCGGGGUUAACCACGCCCUGUUGAGGCGGAACGAACCCCCCGCUUUCGCCGUUCUACUUGGACCUACGGUGCCCACCGCACUUCGCGCGGCGGCUCUCUCCUCUCGGCGCUAAUAAUACGCCGAUAUACCACCAAUUCUGCCACCAUGGCUCUACGCGGGACUCGGGAGAGUAGCUGCCACGGUACACGCGCCGCGUUGAGCCACCAAAGACAUUGCUAAUCGCGCGUCCAUGCCGCGAAGGGUAAAUCCUAAAUCCACGAUUCGCCUAACGUCGCGAAUCUUGGACCACUCGCUCUGACAUCAAGUCUCUCGGAAAGUGCAAUUUAAUUGGAUCUAAUCGAGAGAUCUCACCUUCGUCAAUUGUUUCGCUGUUCACUGCGACGAAUCUGACAAGCCAGUGAGAUUGACCGUGUUGGGAUUAGUGACACAGUUCGAGAAAGGAGAAAGUGUGACUGCGCGUGUAUAAUGAAAUAUUUGCGUUGAAAGUGAAAUUGGCCGAUCGGAGGGGAGAAACAUACAAAUCAAGUUCCAAGAGUGAUAAUUGUUGUAAUUUUCGGAAGCGAGGAUGAAAAGACGCGAGACUAGGUAAAGGAAGAUCGAUCUUACUAGCGGGUAAUGUGGAGGAUGCAGGAAGGCAGGACCGUGUCGCCUUUAGGACCGGUCGUCCUGCAACGAGAGGAAGCGGAUAUGCGUGCCGGUCUGUCGCUGCCGCCGCAGGAAAGGAGACCCGUAUUACUCGUGCGCACUGGCGAAUCUUUUCCGCGGUACGACAACGUACGACAACAGCAACAGUCACCGUCGAGCCCAUCGAUCCUGCGAUCCUCCGUCACUGCCAUCGAGAAGGAUCAGUAUCACGAAACAGAUCCGCAGGUCAGAGAGAAACGUUCGAACGACGAAGAGGAGGAAGAGCAGGAUGAGGAGGAGGAAGACGAGGUCGAAGACGAGCGAAAUACGUCGAGUAUUAGAAGAAACGUCGUCGUGGACGAUGAGGAUGAUGAAGAGCAGGAAGAAGAAGAGGAGGAAGAGAGCCAGCCCGAAAGACAUCGAAACGGCAGCUAUCACGGGGAGGACGGGGACGUCGAGGUUGACGUGUGUCGGGAGGACGCCGACGAGAGUAACCCCAGCAGCCCGGUGGAUCUCACGGCGCCUUCGUCGAGGGGCGUCACGUCUGAUCAAUUCGUUCAUCCGUUCGCCAACCGCGUGCAUUCUUUUACCUGUGUACAAAGUGGUGGCCACGGGCCCGCCGGCCACGGGACCCCAGUGUAUAUAUCCGGGCACGGCGCUACCGGCUCGGCCGUCAUGGUGUGCACUUCCGGUGGCGUGGCGCGCACCACCACCGGCACGUCGACAGGUAGCAUUACCACGACCGCCACCAGCACGGUGCAGACCAACGAUAAGCGGUGCCUCGCAUUCUCCGUCGAGAAUAUCCUCGACCCGAACAAGUUUACCGGUGGCCGCGUCGUCCACAAUCGUGUGCAGCAUCGCCGACACCGGCGCGCCGGCAGCGUGCACGAAGACGGUGACUCGCGGGGCGAGUUCGCCUGCGGCAGCGGCCAGGAAGAUGAGGAAGGUACACCGGACACCAUCAUGGAGGAAAUGGAGGAAGACGCCGAGGAGGAAGAGGAGGACGAAGAGAUUGAAAUGCGAGUUGUCGAUCAGGAUUCUGGCAGCGUCGGACGGGAAAAUACAACUGGCGGCAGCACCAACACAACCACAACGAACUGUAAGAAGCGACAAUCCUCGUCGUCGUCGUCUACAUCGUCAAGCGGAGUUCAGGUACAAAACUGUCAGGGUCAGGGUCAAAAUGGACAAAACGGCACUGGCGGCGGCGGCGGCAGCGGCGGGGGUAGUGGUGGUGGUGGUGGUGGUGGCGGCGGGGGCGGAAGUAAUAGUAAUACCAGUGGCAAACCCAGAAGAGCGCGGACGGCCUUUACGUACGAACAGCUGGUCAGGCUAGAAAACAAGUUCAAGACGACGAGAUACUUGUCCGUGUGCGAACGUCUGAAUCUAGCGCUCGAGCUGCAGCUGACUGAGACCCAGGUGAAGAUCUGGUUCCAGAACCGACGGACUAAGUGGAAGAAACAGAAUCCGGGCCUGGACGUGAACAGUCCUACCGUGCCGACGACGCCGCCGCAUCCGUCGCCGUACGCGCCCGCCUUCCUCUUUGCCGCGCAUCCUCAUCAGCACCCAUUGCCACACUCGCACGCACAUCCACACCCGCAUGCUCACGUACACCAUCCGCCGCCACCGGUACCGCCACCGCCCGGGUAUUACCACCCGGCAGCCCCACCUUACCCGCCGACCGGACCGACCUUCUUCGGCCAUCAUCUGUCGGCGACUCCUGCUGCGACUGCGUCAGGACCGCCGCCGACAUCAACGCCUUCCUCCACCGGCCUGACUCUCUCGUCUCAUCCGCACCCGCACACGCAUCCGCACGCGUAGCGAAAUCGGCGAUGAUAUCCUGCAUCAACGUCCUCGCCUUCGUAGUCAUCGACAAGGAAACGGUGGGCUCGUGUGAGUACUUCCGGCCGUGGCAAGAAAAGUACCAGGAUAAGGAGUGCAGAUUGCGCGCGUUCAUAUAUAUUGAACGAAAAAUUUUUAGACUAUUAGUAACGCGUUCACCGACAAUUUGUCACUUCUCCUGGUGAUCAUUCCUCCUGGUCAUCGCGAUUGUUUUUUAUCGAAUAGUAUUCUCGUGAUAAUGAAAUGAAUUGGUCAUUUUGAAAAUAGCAUAAGUUUAUAAUUUUUACAAAAACGUUUAAUAGGAUAUAUUAUAUAUACUGCAAUAUACGAAGAUAAAAAUAUUUAAUAAACUAAGAACAAUUUUAAUUUAUGGACAUAUGCCAUUUUCAAAAUACAGAUAGUGCAGAACGAUAUUUUGACGUUGGGGUAGCAAUUUUUAUUAGAUAUGCACAUUUUUAAAGAGAAAAAUGUUAGAACCUAAUUAAGUAUUGAAUUGGACGAUGAGUGUAAUGUUUUCGUUUGUUGGAUCGGGGCGCGUAAGCGGCCCCAAUGUUAUAUUUUGCCUUCUCGUUGCACACGUGGAACGACUCGAUAGCAUAAUCGGUUUACGUAGGGUGACGUUCAAAAAAACGAGCGUAUCAUUUCGGCGCGACACCGGCCAGACAUUUAAAUUCCGUGCGUAUUUUCCAAACAGCCGAGCUUUGGACUAACAGUGAACAGAACGACAUCUUUUAAAAAGUGUAUGCCCUCGUCUUUCGACAGAUAAUCUGAUAUUUGACAAAAGGUGGAAUGGCAAAACUUCAUUAAAAAGUUUUGAUUACUUUCACUUCUUCAAUUUGCACUCAUUACUUCUUACUUGCGAGUUUUGCAUCGUAAAAAUUAAAUAGAGUCAUAAAUUAUUGUCCAAAACUGGCGCGAGUUAUUCUUUUUCUAAUAAAAAGAGGAGGGGACCUUGGUACUUUUCUCCAAGUAAAGUAGAGUAACACGAACACCCGAGUCCUUGUCGUUUUCUGACCUUUGUAAUAUAUCUGUUUCUCCGACGGGAGAAACUUGUCUUAAGGGAAGUAGAUUUUAUCAGAAACGCUCUUAUAUAUAGCAGUAAGGUGCAUGCAUGUAUUAUAAAUGAAUGCGCGAGAAUGCGUGCGAGAGUGCAAUGAUUACGACUGUCGAAGAAAAUUAGUGAAACAAUGUUUCGUGCCGAUCGCAAAAACGAGGCACAUCCGGAACGUAGCGAUCGUUCCUGUGUAAAAUAAAAACCAUACGUUACGCUCGUAAAAACCUCCA